UCGUAUACAAGUACGUAUACAUGUGUAUACCUGAUGAUCAUAACGUCGUUCGCACGACCCGGCGUGCACCGGUUCUCGUUUGUUUUGCUCGAAUUUAAAGUGAAAAUAACAAAAGAAGAUGGAUUUUGAAUGAAUUAUUUUGUUUAAAAUGUUUGCUGAGGGUGGUUGGUUCAUCUCAUUUUUGCAGCGUACUUAUAUUCUCAAACUGCUUUAACGAUUAAUCGAUUUAUUUAAUUAUAGUCUACUUCGUUUAAUUCUGUGAAAAAAGAUAGUUUUCUCACUCAAUCAGAAGCUGUGAUUCCUAUUCAAAUGUUCAUGUACAAAUUUUUUGGAAAUGCGGUCGAAGUGACAACAGUUUUGGGAUAAUAGCCAUAAAUCUACUGCUUAUAUAUGCAUAUGAAUUUUUGAUUGUCAUCAUGACAACAAAAGUACGUUCUAAUAAUAAUCAAGAGCUCAAUAUAGACUCUAGUUCAAGAAAAAAAAUGUUGCUAUCAGCAGUCAAAUCGAGUUCCUUAGGAGAUCUAAAAAAAAUGGCUCGAUUAAGUGAUUUUAAAGAAGAUGACACAUGGUUCGACUAUGAUCUUCUCCUGGCAGCUUUUGAAAGAGGACAUAAGACCAUUAUUAGAUUCUUGCUCAAGAACAACUGUCGUGUACAAAAGAAAACCAGAACUGAAGCAUCCACUCCACUUCAUUAUGCUGUGAAGAUAAGUGAUAUAGUCAUUGUGAAGCAAUUAUUAAAAAUGAAAGCUUCAAUACUUGACAAGGAUGAGAAUCAACAAACACCAUUUGAUUUAGCUAUUAAAGAUAAAAAGUAUGAUAUUGUUGAUGCAAUGCUCUCAAUGUAUGACUUUAAAACUGAACAUGAUAACAAUGAAGGAAAGAUAAGUUGCUUCCAUUAUGUUUGUAAAAAAGAUGAUUUUUUAGCUAUUCAGAAAUUCAUUGAUCUUGGAAUCCCCAUCAAUAGUCAUGCUGGUCCAAGUAUUGGUUACUUUUUUCAGGGUUUUACACCUUUACACUUUGCAGUCUACAAUGAAUCGCUAAAAAGUAUCACAUAUCUUCUUCAAUGUAAGGCUAGUGUCACAGAAAGAAACAACCAAGGUGAUACACCACUAAACUAUGCCUUUUAUGCACAACCAAAGAAUGAUGUUAUCAUUGAUUUACUGCUCCAAGCAAUUCCAAAAGAUGCUAUUUAUGCAGACUCAAGAGGGCUUUCUCACUUUCAUAUAGCAUGCACUAGAAAUGAUUUGAGUAUACUUCAACUAUAUUUAGAACAUGAAAAUUUAGUUAGCUUACAAAUUAAAUCAGACAAACACAUUUAUUCUGGUUACACACCACUUCAUCUUGCUGUUGAAUAUAAUAGAUUUGAUUUGGUCAAAGCUCUAUUAGAAAAUGGUGCUGAUGUAAAUACAAAAACUUCUAAAGGGGAAACAGCUCUUCAUAUUGCUUGCAGCCAUAGCUCUGACAAAUGGUAUGAGUUGAUCUAUGUUAAAGAUCUGGAUAAAGAAGCUUGUGAUGGUAUUGAUUGGAUAUCAAAUCGAAAGAGCCAAAUUGGUAUCAUUCAAUUAUUAUUGAAUUACAAGGCUGAUAUCAAUACUAAAGAUAACAACAAUGAAACACCUUUAAUCCAUGCUUGUAAAAUUUCUGAUGAUUCUAUUUUAAAUCCUGACCAAUCUUUUCAUAUGCAAAAGGAACAUCCUCUUUAUCAGAGUAUGUUAAAAGAGAUCAAUCACAGAGUACUAGAAAUUGUAAAAAUUUUACUGGAUAACAAUGCUGACAUUCAUAUUUGUUCUAAACAAAAUUAUGACUCAAUUCUUCAUCUGAUAAUUAAAGGGAAAAUGGAACAUUCAUUAGAAUUAGCUAAAGCAUUAUUAUGUAAAGGAUUCAAUUUGCAAACUGUGGAUAAAAGUGGCUAUUCGCCUCUUCAUUGGGCAACUAUAAGGAAUCACAAGGAACUAGUCAAGCUUUUCUUAGACCACAAUGUCGAUGUCAAUGCUAGAAGUGAACGUUUAAAGACUCCCCUUCAUUUUGCUGUUGGUCAUCAGUCAGAGCAUGAACCAAUUGUCAGUCAUCUGUUACAAAACGGUGCUCAAGUCAAUGUACAGGAUGGAAUGGAUUUUACUCCUUUACAUAUAGCUGUUGAUUCAAGCCAAAACUAUCAAGUUAUUGAACAGCUUUUACAAUAUGGUGCUGAUAUAAAUUUGCAAGACAGAGAUGGCCAUACUGCUAUUGAACAUUUUUCUUUAAUAUUGGGCUCAGAUGGCACAUGGGAUGAAUCCUUUGAUAUAUUGUUAUUAAUUGAAAAUCAUGUACAGAAAUUGAUUGCUCUUGGAUUUUGUAUUAGUGAAAAAAUCAUACAACAUCUACAAUAUAUGAAUGACUUGAUAUUAGAAAACUUUGACAUAGAUUCUGUUUAUCCCAAUGAUAGUUUAGAUUUAUGCAAACAAGAGCUUGAGAAAUUAAAGCACUUAAAAAUAGAUGGUUCCAUAGAUCUGUACAGUAUUCUGCUAAAGAAUGAAGAAGAAAUGGAAAAGCUUGUUGAGAAUGAAAACUUGGUCUUCACAGUAGCAAGUAUUGAUGAAUCAAAUUUUGUGCAAUAUGGCUGUCUACUGAAAUUGCAGCUCCUUAAGGGCAUUAAAAGAGCAAUUUUAAAAAAACCAACAUUGGAAUCUCUGAAAUUUUUGGGUGACUUUGAUCAAUCAAAAUUAUGUAUUGAUCAUAUUUCUAAGCAUUUUAAUAAGGAAGCAGAUCUCAAUAGUUUAAUUAGAACCGGUCACGUUAUAGUUCCUUCUAAACGAAAAUGCACAGAUUUAUUUCAGUCAAAUAAAUCACCAAAAAAUACUGACAAUAACAAGAUCUUGUGACUUACCUAAAAUGUCUUGUCAUGUUAGCUGUUUCUGUGUGUCAUGUAAAGUAUUUGAUAGUUAUUUUAUGCCUGCGUGUUAAAAUUUGAGUGUACAUUUCAAUCUUCUUUUUUAAGAUAUAUAAGUAAAUCGACAGGUUGAAAACAUUUUUCAAUUCCAAAUAAUUUAAAUUAUUUUGAUAAUUUCUAUAGGCUAAUUUGAACUUUCUUGUGAACUUAACUGUUCACUUUAAUGUGAUUUUAUAUUUAUUAAAAUUUAUAAUACUAAGUCUCAAAGUAAAAAACGUUUUAACAUAUAUUUUAAAACUUAUCUGUCUUAUUUUUAUUUCAAACAUUAUCAUAAAUAAUUAUAAAAUUAUAACAAUUAAAACAUUUAGAAUCUAACUGCAAGACGCCAUUGUAAACUAUAUAGAAUAAAAACUUUGUUAAAGCUCAA